GUAACCCUCUAGCUAAUGGAAAAAGCAGGCAGUGGCAGGGAGAACUCGGUUGUCACGCUGAAGAGUGCUAUGAAGAAGAUUGUCAUUUGAAACUCUGUUGUCAGCAAUGAAGGAUUCCAAAUGCAGCUGAACCCAGAAUUCUGACUGUGAAUGACAUGAAUUACAUAGCAUCCAGUGGACUUCUAUUCAAAGAUGGCAAAAAGCGGAUUGAUUACAUCCUGGUUUAUAGAAAGUCAAAUAUACAAUAUGACAAGAGAAACACAUUUGAAAAGAACCUCAGAGCAGAAGGCUUGAUGUUGGAAAAGGAGCCUGCUGUUGCAAACCCUGAUAUUAUGUUUAUUAAAAUUCACAUUCCAUGGGACACAUUGUGCAAGUAUGCAGAGAGGCUGAAUAUCAGGAUGCCCUUCAGGAAAAAAUGCUAUUACACUGACCGGAGGAGCAAAUCAAUGAGCAGUGUGCAAAAUUAUUUUAGAAGAAUCAAAAAAUGGAUGGCCCAAAACCCAAUGGUUCUUGACAAGUCAGCUUUUCCAGACCUGGAGAAGUCAGACUGCUAUACUGGCCCCUUCAGCCGUGCACGGAUUCACCACUUCAUAAUAAACAAUAAAGACACCUUCUUCAGCAAUGCUACCCGAAGCAGGAUAGUCUAUCACAUGCUGCAGCAUACUAAAUAUGAAAAUGGGAUAUCAAAAGUGGGUAUCUGUAAACUUAUAAACAAUGGCUCAUAUAUAGCAGCUUUUCCCCCACAUGAGGGAGCCUACAAGAGUAGCCAGCCCAUCAAAACCCAUGGACCUCAGAAUAAUAGACAUCUACUGUAUGAGCGCUGGGCACGCUGGGGAAUGUGGUACAAGCAUCAGCCACUGGAUUUAAUCAGGCUAUACUUUGGUGAGAAGAUUGGGCUAUACUUUGCUUGGCUGGGAUGGUAUACUGGAAUGCUGAUUCCGGCAGCUGUUGUUGGCUUGUGCGUUUUCUUCUAUGGAAUAUUAACAAUGAAUGCAAGUCAAGUAAGCCAAGAAAUUUGCAUGGCCACUGAAGUCUUCAUGUGCCCUCUCUGUGACAAGAACUGCUCACUGCAGAGACUCAAUGACAGUUGCAUCUAUGCCAAGGUGACAUAUUUAUUUGAUAAUGGAGGGACAGUCUUCUUUGCUAUUUUUAUGGCAAUAUGGGCCACAGUCUUCCUGGAGUUUUGGAAAAGGAGAAGAAGUACACUGACCUAUACUUGGGACCUUAUUGAAUGGGAAGAGGAGGAGGAAACACUUCGUCCCCAGUUUGAAGCAAAGUAUUACAAGAUGGAGAGAGUGAAUCCCAUCAGUGGUAAACCUGAACCUCAUCAGCCUUCCUCAGACAAAGUCACCCGUCUUCUUGUUUCUAUCUCAGGAAUAUUCUUCAUGAUCUCCUUGGUGAUCACCGCGGUAUUUGCGGUCGUGGUGUACCGCCUCGUUGUCAUGGAACAGUUUGCAUCAUUCAAGUGGAAUUUCAUCAAACAACACUGGCAGUUUGCAACGUCUGCUGCUGCUGUCUGUAUCAAUUUCGUAAUUAUUAUGGCACUGAAUCUUGCUUAUGAAAAAAUCGCUUACCUUCUCACUAAUUUAGAAUAUCCUCGAACAGAAUCUGAAUGGGAAAACAGUUUUGCUCUGAAGAUGUUUCUCUUCCAAUUUGUCAACUUAAACAGUUCUAUUUUCUAUAUUGCUUUCUUUUUGGGGAGAUUUGUAGGCCACCCAGGAAAUUACAAUAAACUUUUUAACCGGUGGAGACUGGAAGAAUGUCAUCCCAGUGGCUGUUUGAUAGACCUCUGCCUCCAGAUGGGAGUUAUCAUGUUUCUGAAGCAAAUAUGGAACAACUUCAUGGAACUGGGAUACCCGUUGAUCCAGAACUGGUGGUCACGUCAUAAAAUAAAGCGGGGAAUACAAGAUGCUUCCAUUCCUCAGUGGGAAAAUGAUUGGAAUUUGCAGCCCAUGAAUAUUCAUGGACUGAUGGAUGAGUACUUAGAAAUGGUGUUGCAGUUUGGUUUUACCACAAUCUUUGUUGCGGCUUUUCCUCUGGCCCCUCUUUUGGCUUUAUUAAACAAUAUCAUUGAAAUCAGGCUGGAUGCCUACAAAUUUGUCACUCAGUGGCGGAGACCUCUGCCAGCCCGAGCAACUGACAUAGGGAUCUGGUAUGGAAUUCUUGAAGGAAUCGGCAUAUUGGCUGUGAUCACCAAUGCAUUUGUAAUUGCUAUUACAUCUGAUUACAUCCCACGUUUUGUCUAUGAAUACAAAUAUGGUCCCUGUGCAAGUGAUUUUGAAUAUGGGGAAAAUUGUUUAAAGGGAUAUGUCAACAAUAGCCUAUCCUUCUUUGACCUGAGUGAGCUUGGUAUUGGAAAAUCUGGUUAUUGCAGAUACCGAGACUACAGAGGUCCACCUUGGAGUUCCAAACCCUAUGAGUUCACCUUACAAUACUGGCAUAUCCUUGCUGCUCGAUUGGCCUUCAUUAUCGUAUUUGAGGAAAAUAGUGGCCAGUAUUAA